AUGAGUGUCCAUUGGAAUGAAGAUUGGGAAGAAGACAUUGGGGGAAGUCCCUCCAGACAACAGCAUGAGAUCGAGGUGCCCAUUGAGUUUCUCAGGCGAAUGAGUUUGGAUACAAUUGAAAGUGGGGAUAUUGAAAAUCUGUCCGAUUUUGAAUCAGCUACAACACCUUCCAACCACUCCGUCCGCUCUAGGAAUUCCAAGCAGCGUAGAAUUUCAAAGCAACAUUCAAAACGAUCCAUUGACGAUUUGAAAGAAAGGAAACGCAAACUGGAACGAUCCAAUCGUUCCAAUCUGUCCACAUCCAAUCGCUCCAAUCUUUCCGCAUCCAAUCGUUCCAUUCUAACCAGGAGCAGCAGGACCUACAGCAAGCAAGAAAUUGAAGACCAGACCCGAGACCUCGAUGAGGCCCUCAUGCUUUAUGGUUAUGCUGAAAAGGCAGCGAGGAAAAUCCAAUUGGCAUUCCGAGAACGACAGCAAGCAAAGUUAGACCUAGGCAAGUCCGAUACGUCAACGGAAAACGAGUCCGAUGAUUUGAAGACUUUGAAUAGCAGCGAUGAAAACAGGUCGGAGGAGGGCAAUACAAAUUGGUACACUUUGAUCUUUCUUUCGCUUUGCGCCUUUGCUACAUGUAUCCCAAAACUAUUCAGCGGGCUCCAACAGUUGCUUGGGGGGGAUGAUACGGGUGCAGGAGAUGCUGCUGCAAACGCGGCUAUGCAAGGUGGUGGCGGGCCAGCUGGUCCCACACCUACUGGUGGAGAAGGCGCUGGGGCAGCCGGUGGUGGAGCACAAGCUGGAGCUCAGAGUGCAAUGGCUGCUCAAGCUGCUUCAAGUGCAGCCAGCGGAGCCGCCAGCGGAGUUGCGUCUGGUGCCGCUGCUGGAGCUGCCGUAUCUUCGGCAGCAGCUGCAGCAACCGCCGGGGCCACAGCUGCCGCGGCUGGAGCCACAGCCACCCAAGUGGCAGCUGUUGUGGCGAUUUCCACUGCUGCUGUAGCUGCUACAUCAGCAGCUGUUACUGUUGCGGUCGUGACACCCACUGUUGAACCGAUUUUGUCAAUUUGCGGUCUUCCGAAUCCAGACAUUAGGAACGGUCGCUUUACCAUGAACUUUGAGGGUUUUCCAAGAAUUCUGGACGACAGAGAGACAGGUUUGGUGGAAAAUCUCGUCAAGGAGUCCUACAAUGAGAUCACCUUGGGCCCAGAUGUCGCAUCAGUUGGCUGUUUGGAUCCGUUGGCUCGUGAGAUGCAGGGCAUUUCCGUGUUGAAUCAGGCCUUGUUUGAUGACGUCGGAUCGUCGUCAUUGACGGUACUGUUUGAGGCAACUGUUUCCUGCGACCGAUGCUCUCCGACGAGCCCUCUUUUUAGUGAAGAUCAACUUGCAAUCCAAGGUGACAACUCGCAGGCCAUCAAUGCGACCAACGGUACAAACUCAAACACGACAGCGUAUCGGGGGAACAGCACUGAGGAAACACAAAUAGAACAGUCGCGAUGGCUACAAGGCAUUAAUUUUGACAGUCAAGAGUUCUUCCAAAAACUAAUUCAACUGGUCAUCUUCGAGACCGAAGAGCUGACUGACGUCGGUGAGCUUCCAGAAGGCUUCACUAAGGUUUCGAAGGCUUGGGUUAUCACGGAGGAAGAAGAGGAUGUGUUGGUGACAGAAGUUCAGUAUGUGCGAAAAAAUCCAUCCAACGGAAGCACCAGUGGCAGUGUCGGUGGUAGCGCUGGCGAUGGGGGGAGCGCUACCGGCGGAGGAAGUCGAAGCAGUACACAAGCCGUAUUCCAGUUUGCCUAUGUGGACGAAGAGGGAGGGGCCCAAAAGGUGACGCUCGAGGUCUCAGAAGAAGGCGUGGCCGUCCCAACCACAGCCUUUCCCACGUUCCAGCCCAGUCACCAGCCGACUGACCUUCCAUCAUCUGCUCCCACCAAUGUAUUUUCGGGUCAGCCGACUACGUCUCCAAGCCAGAGCCCAAGCAUGAUACCGUCCACGUCGCCGAGUAUGCUACCAUCGUCAGUUCCAAGCGUUGUGCCUAGCGAGUCGCCCUCGGAUGUUCCGUCCACAAUUCCGAGCGAUAGUCCAUCAUCAGUUCCAUCAACCUUGCCUUCUAUGAUACCAAGUACAGUCCCGUCAAGGUCGCCUUCAGAGGUUCCCAGUUUUGUUCCUUCGACGGUUCCAUCUUUUGUCCCGUCGACGCUUCCUUCCAUGAUUCCAUCCUUUGUCCCUUCGACGCUUCCGUCCAUGAUUCCAUCAUUCGUCCCAUCGGAGACACCUUCAGAUGUGCCAUCCGAUGUGCCAUCUGACUCGCCUUCCGACAAUCCAAGUUCAAAUCCUUCCUCAUCACCAUCAAAGGUGCCGACAAGUUCUCCUUCCAAGAGUCCAACCCCACAGCCAACCCCACAGCCGACACCACAGCCGACUCCGGCGCCAACAAGUAUCUACAUUGGAUGCUACGUUGACGACACUUCAAAUCGCGAUAUGGGUGGCGGGGGCGAACCAUUCAUCAGCGACAGCUUGACUGUUGCUUAUUGCCGCAGUUACUGCAGAUCUAGAGGAUAUCCAUAUGCAGGUUUACAAGUGGGGAGAGAAUGCUAUUGUGAUCACUCAUAUGGCAGUUAUGGAGCGGGAGGGGGCUGCGUUUAUGGUUGCACUGGAGGUGACAGUGAUCCGUGUGGAACGGAUUUUCGCAAUUCGGUGUAUCACACUUAA